AAGCUUUCCUCCGCCGCACUCGUGUCCUGGCAAGGCUUGUGUGGAAAUCGCGGUGGGGAAAUGCUUCCCUAUCUGGCGCAGUCCGGCGCUCUCUCUAGCCAUGUUUCGCCUAGUUGGGAUGAUGGGCGUCGCUUCCAAGUCAUGCCUGCGCAGGAGAUCCCCGAAUCUCAGCGCCAGACCUUAGAUCUCAUUCGUGGAAGAACAAAACGCUGGAUUUCCAUCCGUACUGUGGAGUAUCGACUGAUAAGAUGAGUGUGGGACGGGACCCCAGAUUAAUUCAGUUGGUAUGGGGUCCUGGGGAUCCACUUUGCUCUAGAGCAAGUUUUUGCGGCUGCAUUAGCACUUUGAUUCGUGGUACAAUGCUGAAGG